CUCUUUCAAAGUAGCCGUCCCAACGUCGAUGGUCGUAGGCCACUUCCGGCGUAGCCAUGGCGGCCAACGCUACUACCAACCCGUCGCAGUUGCUGCCGCUAGAGCUUGUGGACAAAUGUAUAGGAUCAAGAAUUCAUAUUGUUAUGAAGAGCGAUAAGGAAAUUGUUGGUACUCUUCUAGGAUUUGAUGACUUUGUCAAUAUGGUACUGGAAGAUGUCACUGAAUUUGAAAUCACACCAGAAGGAAGAAGAAUUACUAAAUUAGAUCAGAUUUUGCUAAAUGGAAAUAAUAUAACAAUGCUAGUUCCUGGAGGAGAAGGACCUGAAGUAUGAAUGGGUUUCCUUGAUUUAUGCUAGAUUCUGUUUUGUCUUAAAACGACAAAAAAAUAGAAUUUUUUUUUUUACUUUUUAAUAUUUACAUGCUAUAAAGCAGUUUCCCGUUAAAGGGAAAUACUUUGAAGACAUAUACCCAUUUUGUAAGUUAAUCAUGAUUAUCUUGGAAAAAGAAGAAAAGAAUUUCUUCUUUGAAGACUAAAAUAAAGAUGUUUUUUGUUAA